GAGGGGCUGAGCACAGUGAGUAUGAAAAGAUACAGAGUACAGCGCAGAAAGAGACUGCAGACAUGAGGGAGCACAGUGCGAUUUAUAUGCUUGGAAAGGCUGCAGCAGAAUGGUCCACUAAGGAGGUUUGUCUCAAACUAAAUCCUUUGGAUCCUGAUGUUUUUGGUCCAAACAUGUGAAACAGACAACAAUCGGUGAAGCUUGCAGACCCUCAGCAUGGGAUCUCUGUGGAAUAUUUAUUUGCUUUUAACCCUUUCACUCCCUCUCUCACUUCAUGGAGCUGCUAUAACUGAAGAACAUGCAAAAGAAAGACGUGAGAUAGACAACGACAAGGCAAGACGGUUUCUUACAGAGCCCCCAGAGAAAAGUCGCCAAUCAAGUAUUUCACCAGACAAGUUUAUGUUUGAACCUGAGAAUCUUGACUUUCCCACUCAUCCCUUGAGUUGGCCCUCAUCAUCAUCUGAGGACUUGGACAGGCAAGGUGUGAUUGGUGAAUACAGUGACUUCCAAGGAGCUAUUGAGGAGUCUGUCUAUCAUUCCAGUGAUGGAGUACUAACAUCAAGACCUUCAGACCCUCUGUCAGAGGACACUAACCUCAUGGAGAGUGUACAAACAUCCAGCUCUGCCGUAGAAAAGGCUCCACAAAAUCCUACAAAGGAGCAAAUACUUAACUUUUGGUCAAAUCAGAGAAGCAGAGUUCCAACAGAGCAUCCUGCAAAAAUACAAGAGGAGCCAACACUGACAACACUGGAGAGUCCCAAUUCCAAUAUUAAUUUUCCUAUGCCUUUUUCUGACUCCAAUAUGUCAGUCAUACCUGAUUGGAACUCAACCUCAUCACCAUUGAUUAAACAGAAUAACAACCCCGAGCACAAAACUUCAUCAACAACAACAAACAAUGGGGGAUGGACUAAAAGCAUUCCCAUAUCCACACAGGGAAACCAAAUUGGCACAAAUCAUUCCACUGAUACCAUUUUUAUCAAAAAGACAGACAGAAUGCAGGGAACUAUAGAUGAAUCCAGGAAAGACAGCCUGAAUAUCCCAAAGGCCACCAAUAUACUGUUGCUCGAGGGUAACAUGGAUAUAUCCACCACACCGUGUAAAACAUCAGAUCAGUCCUGGACUCCCACCUACCCAGAAGAUUUUGCACCAAGUGAACCCUUGCUGCCCUCUUUGGCUCUCAGCCCUGCCAUGUUGGUACCUCUGUAUUCCGACUGGAACUCGGCCUUUGCAACAUGGGGAUUUGCGUGGGAAGCACACAUCUACUGUAUGGGAUCUGCCUUCACGUUGAUUUGUUUAAUCUCUGUGGUUUGCCUGCUUGGCUUGCCUCUACGGUGCCCCCCUGGAGUUGGUUUUUUUAUGAUGCUACACAUUUUUAUUCUUGCAUUUGCAGGGAUCCAAGGUUUCAUUUUGUUGUAUGACGCUUACAAUGCCCAAGAUCGUCUUCCCACUCUGGUCACCCAGCUGCUCUCAGAAUUACCAAUGCCCUGUUUGAUAGCAGCCUUCUCCUUGGCCUUCUUCCUUCUGUCCUUGCACACACGGAGCUAUCUUUCACUGCGACUUGCUAUUUCAACAUCAUUCUCAGCUUUGCCUAAGCCUUCUCUUUUGCUAUGCAUUUGCCUGUUGCAGUUUACGAUCUCACUAGGAUGGGUUGGACUCUUCCAGUUAUUCCAUAGUCUCCCUACUGUGAUAAUUUUGAUCCCUCAGGGCUUGUUUGUGCUUCUAAUCAUCUUUCUUUCAUUCUCCUACCUCAUCUUUUAUUGUUUGAAACAAGGAAACACAAAACAAAUUUACAGGCUGAGUGACAAUGGAGAGAAUGGAUCACCAGAAGUAGUACGACCUGUACGUUGCCCUUUUUCCAAGGUGGAAGACUGGGAUAGAGCAGCAGGAGCUGGGAUAGGCAGCUCAUUAUGCUUGCUAGGAUGUGGUGGUUUUCAGCUUUAUGGGAUACUGCAUGCUCUAGGUUUUGGUGGGGUUGUUGGUUUUGGCUUCCAGCCAUGGCCUUGGUGGGGCUAUCAUGUUGGCUGCAGGUGCUGUGAGAUUGGAGUGUGUCUAGGUUUGUCCAUUAUCGGAACAUAUCCUGUGUUCUGUAACACCAGCUCUUCUCUGAAAACUAUAAGCAACCCUAGGCCAGGAUCCUGGUCCCGUCUGUCCUGUAGCUCCCCUUUGCAAGAAAACGGUGGGGCCUCACUGGAGGAAGCAAACUCACUGGCCCUCUCCACUCAUGAGCCAUGGUGCCAGGUUAAGCAGGAAAAGCUGGUGGUGUGUGAUGUCAACACCAAGGAGCAGUCAGAGACUCUUGCUCUUUGCUCAGUGAUUGACAAUCCCACAAAUGAUGUUGGUUGCGCAGACAAUUACAGCUUAAGCCACAGUACUUUACCUUUACAUACACCUCAAAACCCACCAGAAGGUACAGAUAGUGACUCUACUGGGGACCUCCGACCUCCAUCUCCCAUAGACCUGUCCCGCAGUAUAGACCAAGCUCUUUUUAGUGAGUCCUUAUUUUCUCACAGCAUUUUUAGUCCACAAAGACUGUUUCAUACUUCCUCAAGUGUUUCAUUGAGCUCUCCGGACCAAGUUACAUUAAACCAAGGGCCCAAAUGUGUUGGAGAUACUCUAUACCGUGCCUCAUCUUGUGGAGACGUGGAUCAAGAGAAUGCAAAGUCCUGUACCAGGGCUUGUCAACCACAUGCAAGUUUGCUCUCUCACAGGAAAACACCAAUACCAAGAGAUCAAAUUGACUGGAAAGGAAGCAUAAGUGGUUCAACCCAUGGUUUGUGCAACUAUUCAAAACAAACAGGAAAGUUGCGUUCAAAUUCGUGGACAAACAGGGGCCAAAGCAACUUUCCAAGAGCAAUACCUUCUCUGUCUUAUCACCGAAGAUACAGAACUCUAAGCAUGGCCUCCCAGGACAGUCAGGCCUCUGGCCGAAUAGCAGGAACUAAGCAGCUCAGUGAAAGCAAACAGCUGGAAUGGGAUAUGACUGUACAAGCAGAGUUUGUUAAUGUAUGUAAACAAAUUGAUGCCCUGAGUAUGUGCAGUGACACCAUUGAAUUGUAAUAGAAUUGAAUGCUUCAGGUAAAGAA